GCAAAGACAUCUAGAACAAAAUGAGAUUUUAUCAGUUACUUGAAAAAAGCCAAGAAGUAGAGAGAGGAGGAGAGCAUUCCAGGUAUGGGAGAAAAACAAUUAAAAAGAUCAGGAGUCUGAAGUUGGAAUUUCUUGCUUGAGGAGCAGAAAGAUCAUUGUCAUUAGAUUUCAUAAUUAGAUUUCUUUCUUAGGUAAGGGAAGAGUAAAGUGUAAGAAGAUUGCAGAAGUAGGAAGGAACAAGUUCUAAAGUACUUUGAAAGCUAGGUGCUGUGUAGAUGCCUUGGGUCAUUCCUCAGUCAGCACUCCAGCCAGCCUAGUAGAAGAAGAAAGAGCUGCAAAUAGCCAGGGGGAGUCCUGCCCACGCUGUUGUGCUUCAGCUUUCCCUCCCUGGCUCAGCUUUGCAGUUGGAGUGUGAAACCCAGAAAAGAUGGCUGUAGCUGGAUUGGCACACUGUCUAUCCCAUCGUCCAGUUGGGACUAUGCUAUCUUGGAUUCUGUACAGAAAGAACAAGUGCUGUUACCCUCGCUACUACAGAGCAGCAAUCUGCAGGGAACUGAAGGUCCCCUUGGCUAUUGAGGAAGUCCCCACUCGUCCCAUCCAACCUGAUGAGGUCAGAGUUGAUGUUCAUUUCUGUGGGGUUAACUUUGCAGACAUCUUAACCUGUCGGGGGCAGUAUCAAGAGAGUCCAUCACUUCCCUUCACACCUGGAUUAGAGCUUGCUGGACAAGUAUUGGAAAUUGGCGCAAAUGUCAACACAGUAAAGGAGGGAGAUCGUGUUAUUAGUGUGAAUAACUUUAGUACCAUGGCUGAACAAUGCAUUGUUGAUCAGAAGAAACUGUGGCAGAUUCCAGAUGGAAUCUCCUACCAAGAAGCUGCUGCCCUUCCUGUAUGUUAUGGCACUGCCAUCUUAGCCCUGGAACAGCGGGCACAGACAAAGCCUGGGGAAACUGUUUUGGUGACAGCAGCAGCUGGUGCCACAGGUCUUGCCUUGAUAGAUGUAGCAUCAAAAAUUCUCCAAGCCAAGGUGAUUGCAGCAGCUGGAAGCGAUGAGAAGUGCCAACUGGCAUUAAAGAGGGGAGCAAAGGCUGCUGUGAACUAUAGCCAGGGCUAUCUGAAGGAGGAACUGAAGAAGUUAACAGGUGGUCAGGGAGUCAACGUGGUCAUCGAUGGUGUGGGAGGUGACGUUUGCCUCACUGCCCUCCGCAGCCUGGCCUGGGAGGGCAGGAUGGUGGUGAUAGGCUUUACAGGAGGGUCAAUUCUGUCUAUCCCAUCCAAUCUCCUCCUGCUGAAGAACGUGUCGGCCAUGGGCGUGUACUGGACCCGAUAUCAGAAAGAGAAUUUCCCCGUCUUCUCAAGGUGCAUGUCCUCAGCUCUUCAGUACUGUAAGGAAGGAUCCAUCAGACCCCACAUUGGAGGAGUCUUUAAGCUGGAGGAGAUCAAUGAUGCCUUUGAACACGUGACCCAGCGUAAAACCACAGGCAAGGUCAUCCUCUCUGUUAAAUGAAUCUGCUUGUGAAGGUUUGGAUGUCAAAGUCUUUCUUGAGGCUCCUUAGGAAUAUGUUGUCUUCACCCUCCUGCAGUCUAGAGAGAAUAAGAAUGGGCAGCAAAUGGGCUCUCACACUGUUGUGGUUUGUUUGUUUUUUUUUCCCUUGCACUGGACUCCCAUAUCUAGAAGGCACUUCUUCACCCCAGCCUUCUAAAUACACAAUGAAUGUCAUUUCCCAAUCCUGUUCUCCCCACCUCUCCUUCCCCUACUUAGAGCUCUCUCUUUCUGGAAAUCACCUAGUUUCACUUUCUAUGUAUACUUUUCAUCUGCAUUUGCUUCCCUGUUGGAGCCUUCCACUUAGAACAAAAGCUACUUGAGGGCAGGCUGUAAUUUUAAUUUUUGGAAAGUGUGCAUAGAUUUAGGAAGAAUGCGCGCUUCCCCAGCGUCACAUCACCUUGUGCAAAAGAGAUGAUUGAAGUAAGGGCAUCUGGGCACAUUGAGUAGUGUUCUGGUCAUGGAGUCAAGAAGAUUUAUCUUUCUGAUUCAAAUCUGACCUCAGACACCUACCAGCUGGCAAGUCAUUUACUCCUGCUUGCCUCACUCUUCCCAUUUGUAAAAUAAGCUGGAGAAGGAAACAAAAAAAAAAUCCCAAAAAGGGUCAUGAAGAGUUGUACACUAUUGAGGAACAGGUGGGGCAGCUGGGCAAUAGAUUAAUGGAAGACCUGAAUUCAAGUUUAGAUUCAGAUACUUGUUAGUUGUGUGACUCUGGGCAAGUCAUUUGACUUCUGUCUGCCUCAGUUUCCUGUGAAAAAAGAGGCAUACAUCUAGGGGAGGCAGUGGGGGGAAGGAGGGGAAAAAUUGGAACAAAAAAUUUGGCAAUUGUCAAUGCUGUAAAAUUACCCAUGCAUAUAACUUGUAAAUAAAAAGCUAUUAAAAAAAAAGAAAAAGAAAAAAGAGACAUAAUAAUAGACAUUACAUCCUAGGACUUUUAUGAAGAUCAAAUGAGAUAUCUAUAAAGUAUUUAGCAUAGCUCCUGGAAUACAAUAGGCACUCAAUGAAUGUUUAUUCCUAUCACUUCCCCAUGAACAAUGGCAGAGUGACCUUAAAUUUCUUUGUAGAGGGCUGGUUGAUAGGGAUGAUAGGAACCAAGUCUUUUUGGAUAAGUGCCCUAUGGUGCCUUGGGCACAGUGUACCCAAAAUUUCUCUUUAGGUAGAGAUCAGAUAUUAGGUAGAUCGGUAUGGCUCUCUUGAUACCUGCAAAGGAUAAUAAAAACCCACAUCACCAGGAUGACAUCAUGCUGUGUCACCUACUGAGUGAGAUUUGAAUUUCUUCCUUGCCCAAGUCUGAAUUGAAAAAACUGUUAAAAGCUUUGCUGAAACAGGACUUGAUUGGUUGAUUUUUUUCAUAAAAAUAUUUUUAUGAAAGCAAAAAAAUCUUUCUAGUUCUAGAAUAUCACUAAGCAGUAGGGGUUUCUUAAUUGCCAAGUUAAUGAGCAGAAGAUUUGGUAAAUUAAAAUAAGGAAAUAAACGUGCUUUGUAGUGUGACCACCCAUUUUCUUUCUCCAUGGGUCCUCUUCUUCUUUGUCCCCUUUCAUGAUCCAGCCAAAGCAUUCUUACAUGGCACCCUGUUUGCCUUCUCAAAACAUAUGACAUGCAGUUUAUGUUUAAAAUAAAACAAAUUAAAAUUAACUUUAUUUAGAGGAUCUCAUCAUCCCCACUCAGAUAGGAAGAACCAUUCCAGAUGUCAGAGGAUCAUCAGUUCUGCAUUAUAACAUGCAGUUGGUAGAUUUUCCAGGCUUAGCUUAGUCAGACUUCCUGACAUAUAGUAAGCACUUAAUAAAUUCUAGGUGAAUGACUUUCUUUUUUUUUAAGUUUUUUUUUUUAAUUUUCAAAACACACGUAUAGAUAUUUUUCAGCAUUUACUCUUGCAAAACCUCAUGUUCCAAUUUUUUUCUCCAUCUCUUCCCUCCAUCUCCUCCCCUUGAUAGCAAGUAAUCCAAUAUAUGUUAAACAGGUGCAGUUCUUCUAUAUGUAUUUACACAAUUAUCACAAGAAAAAAUCAGAUCAAAAAGGGAAAAUGAGAAAGAAAACAAAAAGCAAGCAAACAACAAAAAAAGUGAAAAUACUCUGUUGUGAUCCACAUUCAGUUCCUACAGUGCUCUCUCUAGAACUGGUCUGAAUCACCUCGCUGUUGAAAAGACCCACUUCUAUGGAUUUCUCUGACAAAGAGACUUAACUGAGUUUCAUUGGAGAAAUGAUGGACAGAAACAGCUACACCCAAAGAAGGAAUACUGGGAAAUGAAUGUGAACUAUUUGCAUUUUUGAUUUUCUUCCCGAGUUAUUUUUACCUUCUGAAUCCAAUUCUCCCUGUGCAACAAGAGAACUGUUUGGUUCUGCAAAUAUGUAUUGUAUCUAGGAUAUACUGCAACAUAUUUAACAUAUAUAGGACUGCUUGCCAUCCUGGGGGGGGGGGGAGGAGGGAGGGAGGGGAAAAAACGAAACAUAAGUGAUUGCAAGGGAUAAUGUCGUGUAAAAAUUAUCCUGGCAUGGAUUCUGUCAAUACAAAGUUAUUAUUAAAUAAAAUAAAAUAAAAAAAAAAGAAAAGACCCACUUCUAGAUGACUGACUGAAAGAUGAUCAGUUGGUAUCUUAAAUGAUGAAAAUAUAUAGCAUCACUUCCUUAGGUCAAAGUGACAAUAAUUAAGGCUAGGUGAGUUUCUUUGCUUUUUGACAAGUAUAGGCAAGAAUCCCUAAGGAACUGUUUUCUGCUGUCCUCAUGUUCCUGCUUCACUGGAGAGAUUUGAUUUGAAAGUAUUUGACAUAUCUUCUCAUCAUAGAUUUCCAUUUGCACCAUUAGGUAGCUAAGAAAUCAAUGAGGCUCCAAGAAACAGACUAUAUUCUAAAAUUCCCAGGUUUACUUGAUUUUCUCUUCAAGGUAGAGAUCAAUCCCACCCACAUCCCUUCUUAGUUCAGUAAUAUUCAGCUAGCUGUCCACCCACAAAAACUUCCUUAUCAAAAUGAAUGGAGGGUUUGGGCUGAGAAGUUUGCAGUGUGUAUAAAGUGAUGGGAUAACUCUGCACAAUCUGCUUGCUCUUCCUUUUUCUGUAACCUUUCCCAUUUGAGCUAUUCAGAGAACAGUGGGAACUUUGAUAUCUAUCAGGUUGGAAAACAUAUAGGUACCUUCACUUAGUCAAAAGUUCCAAUUAGCUGAGUUAUUGCUUCUCUUGCUUUUUCUUCAAAAACUAAAAUAGUGAAUAAAAAGAGUGAUUUUUAAAAAAUCACCAUUAUUUGCAAAGGGAUUUUGAGUUCGAAGUCUAUUUAUAUUUAAUUCUGGCAGAAUCUGAGUAAUAUAUUCUGUUUAGCCUCCAGCAUUAGUGCAUAUUACCAGUGUUCAGAUUUUAAUUGGAGAUAUCAGAAAUACUACUUUCUGGAGCUUUUUGGAUGAUAGGAUGUCAAAGAUAAAGAUUUUUAUUGUGUUUGUCUAUUUUCUAUUUGAAAAAUGGUCAAUUUAUUUAUACUUUUAAUGAAUCUAGUGGUUACAUUUUAAAAUAAAUGCUUAUUGUUGCUUUUUGGUAUCUUUUUUUUUUUAAAGUUGCUAUUACUUCUUUAGGCCAUGCUCUCCCUUUACCUUCUCUUGUGUUAAAGAAGUAUAAUCUAGCAAAGAAAAAAAAGACACAUUGUUGGUAUCCAGUGAUCCCUACUCUAUCUUUCUACUAAGAGGAGAAAGGCAUGCUUUAUUAUCAGUCUUCUGGAGGCCAUUGGUCAUUGCAUUAAUCUGAAUUUUGAUGUCUCUUAGUAUUCUUUCUCUUUCUUUUCCUUUUCUGGCAUGGGAACCCAUGAAACACUGAAAAAUGCAAAAUGGCCUCAGUCCUGUGUGACUCCUUUCCACUUCAGUAAUACCAAUUUUAGAGUGGUUAGAAAAAGGGAUAGAAGCUAUUAAAAAUCAUACAAGAAUAGUUUGGUAAAUCUAGGACAGUUUUCUCUAUUUUUAUGAAAUAUGUUUUCAGCAAAGAUUAUUAAAAGUCAAAUUAUUUUUCUAGUAUAAUUCCAAAAUUAUUUCCAGAAUGUUUGAACCAAUUCACAUUUCCAUAAACAGUGCAUUAGUAUGCACAUCUUCCCAUAGUCCCCUCCAACACCAACUAUUUCUGUCUUUUCUCAUCUUUGCCAAUAUCCUGGGUGUGGGCUGAAACCUCAAGUUGUUUUAAUUUGCAUUUCUCUUAUUGUUAUUGCUUUGGAACAUUUAUGUAUACGAUUAUUUAUCAUUUGAUUUUCUUUUGAAAUUGUCCAUUCCUCUCCUUUGAUCAUUUACUGCAAGGACAUAACUCUUGGUCAUUUGUAUUUUCUUAUGUAUUUUAAAAUCAGACUUCUAUAAGAGAGUUUUGUUGUAGUUUUUCUCCAAUUGACAGUUUUAUUCUGAUUAUAUUGAUUUUGUUCAUGCGCAAGAUUUAAAUCUUAUGUAAUCGACAUUUAAAAAAUUUCUUGUGAUCUUUAUUUCUUAUAUUUAUUAUGUUUAUAUACCUUUUGCUAUUAUGUUUUGGAAUAAUAAUAUUUCUUUUCCUGAUAAAACAAUUUAAGGAGAGAAAUCUAUGGAGUUUUAAAAAUCCAAACCAUGUUGUUAUAUUUUAUAUAAUGAUCAUCAAAGUUAUUAAAUGCCAAUCUGUCCAAAAUGCAAAUCAAAA